AUGCGCAUCACCAACACCUUCUUCGUCCUCGGUGCUGCUUACGUGCUUGGGCAGCAGCAAGAGAACUCAUCAAGCAUCAUCUACCAACUAAGCAGCGACCCAGAAUUCGCAUUCCUUUUAGAAGAAUACAUGAGCCUUUCCAACGGUGGAGGGGCAAAUACCGGAGAAGUUCUCCGACUUGCCAGCCAAAUUACCCCUGGCGACUUCGAAAGUUGGUACUCUGAGUUCAAAUACAUGGCCGAUUCUCUACAUGAAAAGGCAGACGCCAUCGACAAGAAGCGUUUCCCUGUUUCUGCCCGUGAUACCUAUUUCCGCUCUGCCAGCUACUAUCGGGGAGCCGAUUUUUUCCUCCACAGCAACCAGAGUGACCCUCGUAUUUUCAGCCUCUGGGACUCGGCACUGGCCGACUUCGACACGGCCACCAGCCUCCUACCAAACCCUCCUUUUAGGAAGAAUUUAACUGGCGACGGUUUCGAUAUCCCGAUCAUGUUUUUCCCUGCCGCAACCGUUGGCCAUGGGAAUCACAAUGCAUCUCGGCCCCAGGAGAGGAUCCCUACCGUUAUUGUCGGUAGCGGGUAUGAUGGCUCGCAGGAGGCUCUCUACCAUUCAAUCGGGCGCGCCAUCACUGAGCGUGGUUGGAAUUAUGUGAGCUACGAAGGACCAGGUCAACCCACCGUGCGGCGGCAGCAAAAGAUUGGCUUCAUUCCGAAUUGGUGGGACGUCGUCACACCGAUCGUUGAUUACUUGGAAAGUCGCCCAGAUGUCGAUGCUCAAAAGAUUGCUCUCAUCGGCGAGUCAUUCGGCGGAACUCUUGCGCCAAUGGCAGCAUCGAAGGAGCACCGCAUCUCGGCUGUAUUGGCCAUCGACGGCCUAAUGAGCCUGUUCAAGGCUCUGACUUCUCAACUUCCAGACGCUCUGAACAACCUCUUUGCCAGCGGAAACUCGGAGGUGUUUGACGAGACCAUGCUUGGCCUAAUGAACAAUGCAACCGUGCCAACACAGUUUAGAUGGGUCAUUGCGCAAGGGCUGUGGUCCUUCAACACUACAAGUCCAUUUGAGUGGUUCACCCGUUUAAGCAAAAUCGCGCUUGACGAAGAAAUAGUGGCAAACAUCACCUGCCCUACCUUCGUCGGGGAUGGUCAACAUGAUACUUUGGCAGGAUCAGGCCAGCCGCAGGAGCUGGCCGCAGCUCUGGGUAGCCUGGCCACUUAUAAUCAGUUCAAGCAGGACUUGGGUGCCGGAGAGCACUGCCAGAUUGGCGCUGAGGCUCAAUUGGCUCAAGUAUCUUUGGAUUGGCUGGGAGAUGUUUGGGAUGGGAUUAAAUUGCCCAACAAUAUCACAAGCGGUGCAUAUUAA